AUGAGUGGAAUGAUUGUCCGUGCCCUUAACUGGGACAUCGGCUAUGAACAACGGUUUUUAGCUGUGAACCCGUUGGGUGACGAGGUGAUUCUAUAUCAAACUGAAAACGAGGAUCCAGCCGAGAAUUCUGAGAAUCUUCUCAAAGUGCAUUCCCAUUCGGGUAUUGAACAUAUCCAAUGUCUUGGUUACUCCAAGGUCCAUCCUGGUUGGACAGGUGUGGGUACAAUGGAUGGAAUUGUACACAUCUUUGAUGUAACCAAGAACGAUACGUCCACAUUGAAACUUCGGCUGAAGCAACAUAGACCAUGCAACUCGUUAUCCUUCAACAACAACGCGCUUGUGGCAGCCUCUUUCGACAAAAGUCGACAAGAUAACUCCCUUCAGGUCUGGGACAUUGCAAAGCAUUCCCAGGUUUUUGCCAAUUCUGUUGAUGAUGAUCAAGUCAUCAGACCUCACUACUCCUACUUGGCCAACGAGGCGACCUUAUCUACUAUCUUUGUCGGUAAUGAAGGCCCUGGAAUGAACCUUAUGGCAGGUGGUUAUAAGCUUCUUCGAGAAUUUGAUUUGAGAGACUCUAGCACGUCCCCGGUAUAUCAGGUCGCCACGAAGCUGACAAUGGACAUCACCUUAGAUCCAUUUCAACCGCACAUGUUCUCAUCCUUGAGUGAGGAUGGUUCUGUUUCUAUCUGGGAUAGGAGAAAGCUUGUUGGCAAAUCAAGAGGAUCUGUGUCGUCCGAGACCCCGGUGCUUCAGUUCACAAAGCUCUUAAGUGAUCUGCUGCGAAGAAACAGCUCUCCAUGCUUCCGAUACUCCACUAUAAGACGAGGGGAGUUUGCCUCUGUAUUUAACGGAAACUUGAUUCGAAGAUGGAAUACCGGUGUCGUUCCGCCGAUGAAAGAUUCCCCAAACGUGACAACAUUUACUUCGAACGAUACACUUUCUUCCUUGAAGUCUCAAUCUGUUCAAUUAUAUGAUCCAAAUGACGAGUCGCUAUUCGUGGCACUUGUGCUUGAUUCAAAAACAGACUCGCCUAGAGUUAUCUCUUUCGACUAUUCACCUGAUAUCGAGUCAUCUACAUCGACUUAUUUCGUCUGCAUGAGAGAGAAGGGCUCAGUCUUCAGGAUGCCAGUAGUGGAGAGUAUUGAAUCACUUGACUUCAACUCGUAUAAUGAGUUCUCAAUGGCCGGUCCAGAGGGAACUGCAACGAAGUUCUGGGAAGAUCGAGAACAGGUCAUGCCAGCAGGUGUUGCCGCGACCGAAGUCCAAAGAAAGGACUCGAAGUUUGAUCUGAAGAACGAUUCGUUGGCAGAAGUGACAUCAACAAUUGGCGAUGAAGAAAGCACAGAACCUGCAACCACAACUACCACACCUGCUCCAAGCUCCCUGCCAUUAGACAUUGUGAAGUUUGAGGAAGAUGAGAUCAUACCCUUGAAAAAAAUGCUUGAUCUUUCUAGCGUACUUGCAAACGAUGUCUGUGGCUUGAUCAGACAGCGAGCACUCUUAGGCUACGGCGUGGACACAGAGCAAAACCCUAAAAUUUUGGAGCAGGUUAGAGGAGUGCAAACACCUCUUCUGAUAAUGAACACAUGGAAAUGGUUAAACUUGGCCAAGAAGUCUCUUGACAAAGGCACAAUGGUCAGUGAGGGUGUUGACUUGGGCUACAUCGGUGUUUUGGGAGUUUGGAAAGGAAUCGAUGAAAUAGAGGGACAGAAGCGAGCCACUUUAAAGCAAAGUGUGACUGACCAGCAAUUUAAUAACGCGGUGAAGUCAAUUGUCUCGAAGAAGGGCGAGAAGUCUUCAGGAAUCAGUAUAUUCAGCACGAGUGAUCGUAAAAUUCAACGAAAGCUUUGUUUGAUUGUCAGUGGGUGGUACCUUACUGAAAAUGAGUUCGAUGAGAAGCUUGACCUACUUAUAAAAUCUGGGGAAGUCGAAAAAGCAGCUGGCUGGGCAGUAUUCCAUGGAAAUGUGCCAAGAGCAGUCGAAAUUUUGGCUCUGUCCAAGAAGGAACGUCUCCAGUUAAUGUCAACAGCGGUUGCAGGCUACUUGGCUUACAAAGACUCAAACACUAAUCUGCCUUGGAAUGACCAGUGCAGAAAGCUAGCGCUGGAGCUUGAUCACCCAUACCUUAGAGCCAUCUUUGCAUUCAUUGCGGACAACGAUUGGUGGGAUGUUUUGGACGAGCAUGCUUUGCCUUUACGAGAGAGAAUUGGCAUUGCUUUGAGAUUCUUGUCUGACAAAGAUUUGAAUCUCUAUUUGAACAGGGUUGCCGAUACAGUGACACUCAGAGGUGAACUUGAAGGUUUGAUUCUCACGGGUCUCACGCCAAGAGGUAUUGACCUUUUGCAAUCUUUUGUUGACCGUACCUCUGAUGUCCAAACUGCCUCGUUGAUUGCACAAUUUGCUGUUCCUCGGUACUUCAGAGACCAGCGAGUGGAUCACUGGAUUGAUAGUUACAGAAACCUACUCAACUCCUGGGGUCAAUUCAAGAUCCGUGCCCUCUUUGACGUUGCAAGAACCAAGCUUGAGCCGAAGGAGAAGAUCAUUUCUGACAUCAAGGGGAAGAUCGAACGUGAGCAAAAGCUCAUCCAGGGCUUCCAGGCCGUGAAAAGGAACACGGGCAAUUCUGAAGUUAUCCAAAGAUGUAACAAUCAAAUCAGAGAAACACAGUCAAACAUCGAUUACCUUCAGGAAACCAUGGAAAAGCUUCUGAUGCAACAGCAGGAAACACAACAAACCUCGGAAACACCCGAGGAACAGAACAGGCAACGUGUUUCCAGCUUCCAGCGCCCGCUUUACUCCAGGUUCGAUUUGAUCAAAUACGACUGCCCAUCCUUGGGGCACAAGAUCCAACACAUGCUUCAGCAACUCCAGUUUAAGUUGCAAGUCGAGAAUCAAUACCGUGAGGCUAAUGAAAAGAUCUCUCACUUGUACUUGAUGGAUGGCGACAAGCUGUCUUCCAGUGCGGCUGAAGGCGGGAAGUUAGAGUCAGAUCAACGAAUCCAGUUGUUAAACAAGGCAUUGAAAAAGUACCAGGGAAUGCAUGUCAGCGUGGAGCUGGUCAACAGGGAUAUGGAAAUAAUGAACUUGCCAAAAUAUGCAAGAAAGCCAUUCUCGGGCCGUUUGACGAUGAGCAUUACUUGUAUCAGGGACAUCGACCACAUCGCGUCACCCAAACUCAAAAAGAAGCCCGAGUCGUUUGUUUGCAUCAAGAUUGAUGAUGUCGAGAAAGCACGCUCUAAUGCUUCCCGUUCUGGCAAAUUUAACGAAGAUUUGAUCGUCGAUGUUGACAAGGCCAAUGAGAUGGAAAUCGCAGUGUAUGACAGGAAUGGCUCACACAACGUCCCUGUCGCCCUCGCAUGGAUUCUCCUUUCAGAUAUCUCAGAGGAAAUCCGUAAAAAGAAGGUUGCUGCUGAAUCAGGCAACGACGGGUGGAUUCCCGCAUCUAGCCUUCCAACAAAUAAUAAUGGCCCCUUCAGACCAAAUGUUGGUGGAUCUGAUCUGUUUGGUUCAUCGAACUAUCUCGGAAAUAAUGGCCUGAACUCUAACUUUGACGGCGACACUGUCGUCGAGAGUGCAAGACCGUCACUGGAGAAUUCUAGGAAUGUGCUGAUUUCCGCUUGGGUUAAUCUUGAGCCUGUGGGACAGAUUCUUGUAAGUUUGUCGUUUGAAAAGUCUAAGGGUGGCUCCAAGCCUAACUUCAUGGGUGCAUUGGGUCGUCACGGUGCCAUUCGUCAAAAGAAGGAAGAAGUGUUUGAGCAAUAUGGCCAUCAGUUUGUUCAAAAGCAAUUCUACAACAUUAUGUGUUGCGCUCUUUGUGGAGAGUUCUUACGUUAUACUGGCUACCAGUGUCAAGACUGCCGCUUCUUAUGUCACAAGAAAUGUUACCAGAAGGUGGUCACAAAGUGUAUUUCUAAGAGUGGUGACAUGAAUGACGACGAGGAGAAAUUGAAUCACCGUAUCCCCCAUCGCUUUGAACCAGUGUCAAAUCGUGGUACCAAAUGGUGUUGUCACUGUGGCCAUAUCUUGCCUUGGGGUAAGAAGAACGUCCGUAAAUGUUCUGAGUGUGGAGUCAUGUCCCACGCUCACUGUACCCAUUUGGUUCCAGACUUCUGUGGUAUGUCUAUGGAAAUGGCCAACCAGAUAUUGACAACCAUCAAAUCAACAAAGCCAACCUCGAGAAGUCCUGCCAAGGUUGCUCAAGCAGUUCAGAAACAGAUUAAAGAAGCACCACCACAACUUCCGCCAAAAGCAUUCUCGGCAUCUCCCCAGAAAUCUGCCGUCGAUGACCUGCCAGUGGCAUCCCCCUUGCAUCUUCAUCACAAGAAGCAACAAGCCCCACUUCCCCCUCCACCACAACAGCCACAGUUUCAACCCACAUAUCCAAGGUCCUCGCAAGCAGGCUAUCAAAGAAUCCAGGAGAUUACGCCCGAGGACAUUGACCCACCCUACUCAUCGAGAUUGCCUACUAAUAACACACUGCAAUUUCAACCCUCUGUUGAACCUCCGCAGCACAGACACGCACCACCUAGGCGCCCUCCUCCAGUGGAGUCGUCGUAUUCUUCUUCCCUGGAUGCUCUGUCUCAGUACACGCCUCAGGGAAGCUACUACAAUGAACGUGCUCAAGAUACAAAUGGUGCCUCGGUACAGAAUCCAUUUGAGCAAGUGGAGGAACACCCAACACAGAAUCAGACGGCAGCUCUCUUUGACUCAUUUGAUUAUAACAACGUGAACUCGAAUUUGCAAGGUGAUGAAGCCCAGGUGCCAAUUAAUGAGCCUGAACCAAUGCAAGUUGAACCAGUUCAAGCCACUCACAGCAAUGAGCCCGUGCAGAAACCUCACAAGUCCAAGCGCAGAAGAAGAAAGGUUGGUCUUGAUGACUUCCAAUUCCUUGCUGUUUUAGGAAAAGGUAAUUUCGGUAAGGUCAUGUUGGCUGAAUCAAGACACACUCUGAAGUUGUGCGCUAUCAAGGUGUUGAAGAAGGACUUCAUUGUGGAAAAUGAGGAAGCUGAGAGCGUUAAGUCAGAGAAACAGGUUUUCUUGACUGCCAACAGGGAGAGACAUCCCUUCUUGCUUAACUUACACUGCUGCUUCCAAACCGAGAACAGAAUUUACUUUGUUAUGGAGUACGUUUCUGGUGGUGAUUUGAUGUGGCAUAUUCAGAAGUCGAGAUUCUCCGCUAAAAGAGCUAAAUUCUAUGCCUGUGAGGUCUUAUUGGCUUUGAAAUACUUCCAUGAUAACGGUAUCAUUUACCGUGACUUGAAGUUGGAUAACAUUUUGUUGACAACUCAAGGACAUAUCAAGAUCGGUGACUACGGUUUGUGUAAAGAGAACAUGUGGCACAAGAACACUACGGGAACUUUCUGUGGCACUCCGGAAUUUAUGGCUCCGGAAAUCAUUGCCGGCAAACAGUAUGACCGUUCCGUUGACUGGUGGGCAUUCGGUGUGUUGAUGUUCCAAAUGUUGUUGUGUCAGAGUCCUUUCAAGGGUGAUGACGAGGAUGACAUUUUCAAUGCUAUUGAGCAUGAUGAUGUGAGAUACCCUAUCAGCAUGCCUCGUCAAACUGUUCUUGUUUUGCAAGCUUUGUUGACCAAGGAAUCCACGCAGAGACUCGGUAGUAGCGAAAGGGAUGCCUUGGAAAUUAUGGAACACCCUUACUUCCAAGAUGUGAACUUCGACGAUGUGCUCAACAUGAGGAUUCAGCCACCUUACUUGCCUGAGAUCUCAAGCGAACACGACUACUCCAACUUCGACCAGGAGUUUACCUCCGAGACUCCAAGAUUGACUCCAGUCGAGACUGUCUUGACGUCUGAGAUGCAAGAACAAUUCCGUGGCUUCUCUCACAUUGCAGAUGAUGCUCCAGUGUAA